AUGGGCCGCUACCGCAUCCAAGUGGCCACUGGGGCCUGGCUCUUCUCUGGGUCGUUCAGCCCGCUGCAGCUGUGGCUGGUCGGGGAGCGCGGGGAGGCGGAGCUGGAGCUGCAGCUGCGGCCAGCGCGGGACCAGGUGGAGGAGUUCGAACAGGACGUUCCCCAGGACUUGGGGCCACUGCACUUCGUGAAGUUGCGCAAACACCACUCCCUGGUGGACGACGCCUGGUUCUGCGACCGCAUCACCGUGCAGGGCCCAGGAGCCUUAGAGGAGGCCGCCUUCCCCUGCUACCGCUGGGUGCAGGGCGAGGGCGUGCUGACCCUGCCCGAAGGCACUGCCCGCCUGGCAGGAGAGAGUACCUUGGACAAGUUCCAGAAGCAUCGAGAGAAAGAACUGAAGGAAAGACAGCUGAUCUACCGUUGGGCCACCUGGAAGGAAGGGCUACCCCUGACAAUAGCUGCGGACUCUGUGAAGGAUCUGCCCCCAGAUAUGAAAUUUCAUGGUGAGAAGUCAUUGGACAAUGAACACAGAGAGAAGACAGGGGCUCUGGAGAUGGUCCUCAAACGUGUUUACACCCUCCUGAACUCCUGGGACAGCCUAGAGGCUUUUGAUCAGAUCUUCUUGGGCCCCAAGAGCACCCUUUCUGAGAAGGUUCACCAGCACUGGCAGGAUGAUGAGCUUUUUGGCUACCAGUUCCUCAAUGGCGCCAACCCCAUGCUGUUGAGACGCUCCACCUCUCUGCCCUCCAGGCUGGUGCUGCCCUCGGGGAUGGAGGAGCUUCGGGCCCAGCUGGAGAAAGAACUCCAGAAGGGUUCCCUGUUUGAGGCUGACUUUAUCCUGCUGGAUGGAAUUCCAGCCAACAUAAUCCAAGGAGAGCAGCAGUACCUGGCUGCCCCCCUCGUCAUGCUGAAGAUGGACCCCAGUGGGAAGCUGCUACCCAUGGCCAUCCAGAUCCAGCCUCCCAAUCCCAGCUCCCCCAUCCCACCAAUAUUCCUGCCUUCAGAUCCUCCACUUACCUGGCUCCUGGCAAAGACCUGGGUCCGUAGUUCAGAUUUCCAACUCCAGCAGCUCCAAUAUCACGUGCUGAACACUCAUCUGCUGGCUGAGGUCAUCGCUGUAGCCACCAUGAGGUGCCUCCCAGGACUGCACCCUGUCUUUAAGCUCCUGAUCCCACACACGCGCUACACCAUGGAGGUUAACAUCAGAGCGCGGACCCAAUUUGACUCAGAUAGUGGAAUAUUUAAUCAGGCAAUGAGCACCGGUGGAGGAGGCCUUGUGCAGUUGUUUCGUCGGGCCUUGGCUCAGCUAACCUACCGCUCCCUCUGUCCUCCUGAAGAUCUGGCUGACCGGGGCCUGCUGGGAAUCCCAAGUGCUCUCUAUGCCCAUGAUGCUUUAAGGCUCUGGGAGAUCAUUGCCCGGUACGUGGAAGGGAUCAUCCACCUCUUCUACCACGGGGAUGACGUCGUGAGAGGGGACCCUGAGCUGCAGGCCUGGUGUCGGGAGAUCACUGAGGUGGGGCUGUGCCAGGCCCAGGACCGAGGUUUUCCUGUCUCCUUCCAGUCUCGGGCUCAGCUCUGCCAUUUCCUUACCAUGUGCAUUUUCAGAUGCACUGCCCAGCAUGCAGCAAUCAACUUCAGCCAGCACGACUGGUUUUUCUGGGUCCCUAAUGCCCCAUGCACAAUGCGGAUGCCCCCUCCUACCACCAAGGAAGAUGUGACAAUGGCCACACUGAUGGGCUCACUCCCUAAUGCCCGGCAGAGCUGUCUUCAGAUGCUUUUGAUGAGGCAACUGGGCCGGCAGCAACCAGACAUGGUACCCCUGGGGUAUCACACAGAAGAAUAUUUCUCAGGCCCUGAGCCCAAGGUUAUUUUAAGACAAUUUCAAGCAGAUCUGGACAACCUGGAAAGGGAGAUAGUGGCCCGGAAUGAGCAGCUAGACCUUCCCUAUGAAUACCUGAAGCCGAGCUGCAUAGAGAACAGUGUUGCUGUCUGAGCCCCAGUAAAUGGCCUUUCAUAGGCCACAGGCCAAUACUAGGGUUAACAUUUUCCUUUUGAGUUUUAUGUUUUCCUGGAUCUGAAUUGCUAUGGUUCUAUUUUCUUUUCUAUCUGAGUUCCCUCCCUGAAUAUAUGACUAGCCUGAGGCACUGUCCCACUUCCAGGUCAUCUAACAGAAUGACCUUUAACUUGAAAACACAUUCCUUAAAGAGAUCAACUAUUCACUCAUGUAGAUUCUCCUAUCUCUAGGAAAUUUGUCUUUUUCAUUUAUUAUAUAAUCAUUUUGAGAUAGAUUUGUUAAUAUCGUGUGAGAUGAAUAUUCAAUUCCAUUUUUUUUCUUUUGGAAAAGCUAUUAUACCAGCACAGUUUAUUUAAGAGCCCAUCCUCUCUCACUGAUCUAUAAUGCUAGCAUAUAUCACUUUGCCAAAUCAGAAUGGAAAUAUUUUUGAGAUUUCUAAUCUAUGUUUUCAUUAAUGUGUCUGUCUUAUACUAUACCAUACUGACAUAAUUGCUACAACUUUAUAAUUAAAAUCACCUACUAUUUUGUAGCACAGAUCCAUCAAUUUGUCUUUUAGAGGUGACAGCUUUUCUUGGACUUAGGACCCUUCAUAUACAUAUUAAAAUCAGCUUGUUA